GGCCGGAGGAACGGAGUCUUCACCCUCUCCGAAAGCCAGCCAGCCAAUCGGAAGAGGGAGCGACGCACGACGACGCUGAGGAAGAGCCCCAGCAGCCCCGCCCCCGCCUCGGCCGCUGGGUUGUUUCUGUUUCGCUAAAGAGUUGCAAAGUUUCUCGGGGUUCUAGAACGUUGGCGGAAGCCUUUGAAGUGGCCCGGCCGGGCGGGGGGCAGCAGCCCGCGAGGCCGGGCGCGGCGCGAUGGACGCGGAGCCGCAGCUCGACAGCCUGGACGGCUGGGUGGCGGUCAAGGAGAACGUCUUCGGGCAGCCCGAGGCGCCCCACAAGCUGCGCUUCCUGGUGGCCUGGAACGCCGUCGAGAGCAAGUUCGCGGUGACUUGCCACAACCGGACUCUGCAAGAGCAAGCCGGCGGGAAGGCAGGGGCCGAGGACGGCGGCGGGGGCCUCGCCGGAGAGCAGCCGAGCUGGGCCGGCUUGUACUCCUCGCAGGCCUUGCACAACAUCCACCGGCAGCUGGCGGCUCUCAACGAGCGGCUGGAGAGCUGCUUCCCGGCGCUGCCCGCCGCGCUGACCGGCCAGAGCGGCCUGUGGGCCUUGCUCUUCCCCGGCUGCCCGGUGCUGGCCGAGGCGGAGCUGGAGGCGCUGUGCCACCGCCUGGAGCGCUACCUGGGCUGGGCGCUGGAGCUGUGCGGCCGCAAAGCCCUGCUGGACACGCUCUUCGCGCACGACCAGGACGAGGAGGACGAAUACUUCGAGAACUUGCAGGAGUUCCGCAGGAAAGCCCUGAAGGGGCAGCUGAGCGACGCCAAGGAGGCCUUGCGCAGGGUUCUUCAUCAGCACAAAGAUGCCAGCAAGCUGGUCGCCUUAAUGGACCUUUACGAGGAGGAAGAUGAAGCAUACUGGGCCCUGGUUACCGUGGCAACCCAGUUCUACCAAUAUUUAUUGCAGCCGUUUAGAGAUAUGCGGGAACUGGCCACAUUGUACAGACUGGAGAUCCUGAAAGCCUUGCGGGCAGACCGGCUGGGCCCGAAAAGGAUCGAAGCCUUGCAGAAGGAGGCCGAGGAGUGGGCGAAGCAGGCCGAGGAAGCUGUGUGCUCCAUUCAAGACAUCACAGUGGGCUACUUCAGGGAGACCGUGACAGCUCUUGCAGCAAUGCAGAAGCAGAUGGAGCAAGACCGAAAGCGGUUUGGCCAAGCUGCUUGGGCGGCAGCUUCUCCGAGACUAGAAAACCUCAAGUACCUGUUAGCGAAGGAGACCCUUCAGCAUAUGAGAGCCAAAGAGCUGUGUCUGAACCACAAGAGAGCAGACAUCCGAAAGAAAAUGCAGAGCUUGGGCGAGCAAGAGAACGACAUGGCCUGUGUCGAAGAGCUGGAAAUAGAGUAUUAUGAAACCCAGCUGGAGCUGUAUGAGGUGCAGUUUGAGAUCCUGAAGAAUGAGGAGAUGCUGCUUGUCACACAGCUGGAGACCUUGCGGAGACAGAUGAAAGAGAUUCAGGAUGAAGUUGUUUAUUAUGACACCUGUGAAAACCCUGAUGAGUUGGAAGCUGCUGAUCAAGGACUAGAACUCACCCACGCACCUUCCUCUGAAAUGGUUCAGCUGAGACAGAGGACCCAGCAGCUGGAGACAAAACGGGGGAUUAUCUGCUCCCGGAGAGCCUAUCUCAGAAACAAGAAGGAUCAGUGUGAAGAGAGCCGCCGUCUCCGUCUCCAGGAGGCACGAGAGAGCACUCGGCAUUUCUUGCAACACCACAGCAUUCAGAUGAAGAGAGACAAGAAGAAAGAAGAAGAGAAAACGAAAAAAGCUUGGAUAAAGCAGGAGCGUGAGAAGACCCUGGAGAGGCUCAAAACCUUCAAGGAGAAAUGUCCUGCUCAGUUUGUGCUGAAGACGUCUCGGUCCCAGCCUCUGAACUCUAAACAGCCACUGGGUGCAUCCCGCCGGACUCCAUCAGCAAAAUCCACUCAGCCCUUGUCAAUCAGCGGCAAGCUGCCCCCUAAGCACUCCAGGACCUCCCGCCCCAUCCAAGCCAAAGGCCCCAAAGCGCUGCGCCCGAAGCCCUCGGCAGAUAUCCCCAUCCAUAUUUUUGCUCCCCCGGCUGACCCAAAGCACUGCAAACAGACUGAGGAGGUGCCUCCCCUGCCACCGCUGCCUCCCCCCCCACCCGCUCCCCCGCUGCCAGAUGCCCAUCUAGGUGGCUUAAAGAGGACGACACAAGCCAGUGAUCAACCACUGCCCCUCGUGAGCGAGGAGCCUCCAAGGAGAAGUCCCGGUGCAGAGAGAGCAGCUAAGACAGCAGCACACACGGCAAACACCUGUACAGGAACCAUGGAUGAGGUUUUGGCAUCAUUAAGGCGUGGCGAAAUCCUCCUCCGCAAAGUGGAACCUCCCCGCCCGCCUCCUUCCUCUGGUUCCUCCCUCAAUGACGGCAUCCUUGCGGCCAUAAGGCAGGGAGUGAAGCUGCGGAAAGUGAGUCCGGAGCCCAAGACAGACCUUCAGAAGGCAUCGAACAAUGAGCUGGAGAGAAGUAUAAAAGCGGCUAUGCUGAGGAUCAAGAAAGUGUCUGCUGACUCGGAAGAGGAUGAAAACAAUGACCAGAACAGUGGCGAAUGGAAUAGUUAAGAGAGGGGUUUUUAAACGAUGUGGUGGGGAACCUACGAGGGUUCUUUGGAAGCUUAUCGAGGAUUUCUCCGUGAGAAGGUCAGCCAUGGAGGACAAGCUUCCAUGAAGACAGGUAGCCCUCCACGUUAAUCUUCCUCUGCAGUAUCAAGCCCGAGAGUGUAUUGGUGUAUUCUUGGCCACGCUUUCAGUCACAGUAACAGACAAGCCCCUCAGUGAGGUGCCCUCAGGGCAGCCCUAUCGCUGCUUGGGCUCCCCUACAGUUCGGAGGAACAUAGGAAGCUGCCAUCUGCUGAGUCAGGUAAUUGGUGCAUCCAGCUCAGUAGAUGUCUACUCUGACUGGCAGCAGCUCCCCAAGCACAAUUUUUUUUCAACCCUACGUGGAGAUGCCAGGGAUUGACCCUAAGACCUCAUGCAUGCCAGGCAACCGCUCUACCAUUGAGCUGUGGCCCCAUGGAUGGUGGAAGCAAGAUCUUUCUGGACCUCUUGGUUGCCAUUUUCCCCAUUUGACCUUGACCUGCCCAACUAUAGAACUUGCUCAGUGUUACCUUGACUGCUUGAGAGCUGAAAGGGCACUGGCUGGGGUGGGGGAAUAAUGUCUUCUAGUGGCAGCCAUAUUUUCCCCUCCAGUAUCCCCAGAAUAAUGCUAUACUGGAGGCACUAUGGGGAGAAAAUGGUGGCCAAGUCCAAUCCUCUCCUUCAGCUGGUUGUGAGCCCUGGCAGAAGAUGUCAUAGCUGGAAUGCAUUUCCUAGAACAGGGUUGCACAAUUUUGGCCCUCCAGAAGUUUCUGGCCUAUAACUCUUAUCAUCAUCAUCAUCAUCAUCAUCAUCAUCCCUAGCCCUGUGGCCAGUAGGCAUGAAUGGUAGGACUUGUAGCCCAACAUCUGCAAGAGAGCCUAAGGUCUGUGGCCCUAGAACAGGCCCCAGAAUCCUUUGCACUGGAGCUUGGGGAACAGAGGCCUCUCCGGUUUGCAGCCACGGACUUAUUAGAUUCAGAACAGGUUUACAGAGAUGGAACAUGACACUUUGAUUGAAUGUUUCACCUUUUAGGAAGAAGCUUGGUCUUUCUAGGAAACGGAGGCAGUGUGCUUCUCAGAUGAUUGCACAUCCACCCAAAGACCAUUUGGAAUGGUUAAAACUGUCCUGAUUUUGUUGAAGUUAUUUCUUUGUUGUAAUCAAACAUUAAAUCCUCGGUAUUCUCUACAGUUACCAGAAAUCAGCCCAUGUCAGUCAAACCAAGGAAAUGAAUUGAGGAAAGACUUGAAAAUGUAACACUAAAGAAAGAGUUUUAAACACUAAGCAUUGCUGUGAGUAGUUUUACAAGGAUGGGGAAGCCAUCUUUUGGUGGUCCCUAUACUGCUCCUCAAAAUAAGAAUAGAUAUUGCAGCAAAGAAAUGAUAUUAACACCAUGGGAAUUGCCUGCCUGUGUGAUAAUGGUGCUUGCAUGUGAGCACUUCUUGUGACUGUUGAAUAUACAUACAUAUUUGCUUAAAUUCCACAUGGAUUCUUUCAACAAUACUGUAAAAUGAACUAAAAACAGUGGGGCGUGUGUGUGUUGGCAAGGAAUGAAAUCUCAAGGUAUUUUACGCAGUAUUUACCAACCUGAAGACUUCAAUACAGCACUGUUCACAUUUUGCUUGCAUUUUUAUAGAUGCUUUGUGAUUGUGCCAUAAUCUGUAUUGGGGAAGUCAGGCCGGGCUAGUGGGGGAGGGAUCCAUCAUCUCCUUCCUCUGCCCCCACAAACACAAUGCAGUUUGGCCUCUCCAGUGGGGUGGGUGAGGGGGGCAUACUGAAGCAGUGCUUCCCAAGCAACAUAAGACAGUGUUGCUGAAGGAGGUCUUAGCACCUCCAGCAGCAGAGGUAUCUGCAUGCCCCCCCCACUCGGCCAAGUGAGUGCAGAAGCCAAGGUGGGGCCUAGGCCAGGAUGAGUCUGGGUUGCUAUGGCUCUAGGCAUCAAAUGCUGCCAAGUUUAGCCCUGUUCGCACAUUAUGUUGUACCUGUGUUCCAAUAUCUGUAUACACUCACAUGUUUUUGUGUGUGUCUGUACAUGUGUUCAUUUUAGAAGUGAGCCUGGAUACAGGCCCCUUCAAAUGGGAAGGGUACCUCUGCACCUGUACACAGCAUAAUUGAACAAUUGCACCUCCAUACGCUGUACACAGAUUGUACAAAGGGUUUGCCAUAAUGCGUGAACCGUGAUAACCGAGGUUGGAGUGUUGGACUAGGUCCGGGGAGACCCGAGUUCAAAUCCCCAUUCCGCCUUGAAAUUCACUGGGUGACUCUGGACUCCCGUCUCUCUCAAGAAACCCACCUCAAAGUGUUGGUGUGAUAAUAAACAUAACCCUAUACAGUGCUCUGUGCGUCUUGGAGGAAAAGAGGGAUAUAAAUAAAAUAAACUAUCUUCACAACCACCUCACAGCAAAGUCGAUUAGGCUGUGAAAUAAUGAUUCUUUUUUUCUGUUUUCAGCAAAAAUUUGAAGUAGGCGUUUAAAAGUUAACCUGAAUCAUAAUUCACAACAAAAUUGGCUAUGGAUCAUUACAUAUAUAUUUCUCACUUCUGUACUCAAAACUGUAAGAAUAUUCUGACCAGAUCUAACAUGGCAAUAAAGAAAUAUGUUCCAUUGUUCUAAAAACAUAAUCCUUAGUUCUCUUAAGAGAACUCUUAGCAUCUAGGCUUCUGCUGUUUCCCAUCUGCUCAAAAUUUUGGUUUUAGAGGCUACCAGAAGGCUCAACACUAAUUUUUUAUCCCCUUUAACAACAGUAUUUAAUGCAACCUAUCACAAAUUUUGAAGGAUUCAAGGGUAGGUCAUAUGUUGCAACAUCUUUGCCUGUUUUAACCACUUCCCCCCCAGAAACACUCCUAAGUUUAUAUCACUUAACCAAGUGCUCACACAUCAAGUCUCCCAUUCAUAUGCAACCAGGGUGGACCCUGCUUAGCUAAGGGGACAAGUCAUGCUUGCUACCACAAGACCAGCUCCCUUCUGCUGUUGCCUUCUGGACACCAGAAGUAACUAGUGUUCAGAUGCAUUCUAUCUCUGAACCUGGAGAUGAUAAAUAGCCAUCAUGACUAGUAGCCAGUGACAUCCCCUAUCACCACCAUUAGUGCAUGAACCAACUGGAGUGGGUGGUACCAUCUGGAUCACCCCACCCUUACCUGGCAGUGCUGGGGAUUGAACAGGGGACCUUUCGAACAUGAGCCAGCUCAAGCAGUUGGUAUUCUCUGUGGGGAUGAAUGCUCAUUGUGUUUAUGACAAGAUCUCCGCCCCUAGAGAUGGAAAAUAGGCCAUAGCAUUGCAAUACUAACAGCGUUUAGUGUGUUGCUUACAAGUUAAGCUUCAUUGAACUCUAUGAGAUGGUCUAAAUAAAGAGGGAACAAUUGGACAAUCCCUGAAAAGUGGUGUUGGUGGAGGAUAAUGGAAAGACUCUUUUUAAAAUGUGGAUGGGAAAUUCCUGUGGAAUUCCUGCCCCUCUCUGCAGCCCAGUCUUGAGCAGAAAGACCAAGGCAAAGGGUGGGUGUUUGAAGCCUCAUUUCUAAAGCCAGCAUUAUUUAGGAGUCUAUACAAAGUCUUCACUACUUAUGCAGCACGGAAGGUAAGGUGAUCACCUUAACUUACAAUUUCUACAUUUUUAGAGAUUGAGGAUUGUCAGCACCUUAACCCUCAUCUUAAAACCAAAGGGUGUUUUUUUUUAAAUUUAUGAAUAGGCUUGGUUGCAAAUGUGAACACAGGAGUGAGAGGCUUUGAAAAUGAGGAGCAAAGCAGUAAAUUCCCUACUGGUCAACAACCACAGACAGAGAGCUGGGUUAAUACCUUAAUUGCUGGUGGGGUGUGUGUGUGUGUGUGUGUGUGUGUCUAAGUGGUGUGUUUUUUUUAACCAUUGUGUGGACUUUUGGUGUGCAACUCUCACUUUUUCUAAAAUAAAGGCUGUCUUACAUUUCAAAGCCA